AUGGCGUUCAAUACCACAAGAAACAAAACUUGGCUCAUUACCGGGGCUUCAUCUGGCCUCGGUCUUGAGAUGGCCCUCUCCGCCCUCCGCGCCGGCCACAGGGUCAUCGGCACAGGCCGCAACACCCAUAAAGCCGCCCUCGACAACCCAGAGUUUGAGCAACUCGGCGGCGAAUGGCUACAGCUAGAUGUAUCUAGUCCGUAUGCUGAGGGAGUUGUUAAGCAACUCGUUGUCCGCGAGGAACGACUCAACCAGCAGGAGCUGACACACUGGGUGGUCGUCAACAAUGCUGGGAACACACUGCUCGGGACUGUUGAAGACAUGAGCGAUGACCAGAUCUCGCAAUAUUUGCAGACCAACUUAUUCGGCCUCAUUCGAAUCUGGAGAGCCUUGAUACCCGCCAUGCGUCGCCAUCGGACUGGCACACUGAUCUCCAUCUCUUCUAUUUGGGGCUUCGUCAGCAAGCCUGAGCACAUGAUGUACAGUGCCGCCAAAGCGACUGCAGAGUCUCUGACAGAGUCCUAUGCUCAGUUGCUUGCACCAUUUGGCAUUAGGACGAUGAUCAUUGAGCCUGGAGGUUUUCGGACAAAAUUCCCUGGCAACCACCUCAAGCCAGACGGUGGAAUCACAGAAGAUUACAGGGACAAGAUGGAAGAAUGGAAUGGCAUCAUCGAUGCAGCAGCAAAGGAUCCGACUAUAGUGAAUGGAGACCCAAAGCUGUUUGGCUUGAGGGUUGUUGACGCUGUGGAAAGACGAGGACUGUUUGAGGGAAUAUGGAGUGAGAAUGGCACAGACAAGGCCCUGCGAGUCCAACUGGGAUCUGACUGCUACGGGCUGUAUGGCGAAAGAUUGGAGCAGUUGCAACAAGGGUAUGCUAGGAUGGCACGUAUCGCAAGCUUAACCAACGUGGGAAGCUGA